AUGCAGUCAACCCCGUACUCCAUGUACAACGAACGCUACAAGAGGGAUCUAGAGUACAUCUACUCACAGUGCGGCAUCAAGGGCCCGACCGAGAUCCCCCCACCUCUGGAGACAGUGCAGCCCGUGCCAGCCCCGUACUGCUUGAGCAACAAGCGACACACUACGCAGAAAGGCGACACUUGUGACUCUAUAGCCAAGGGUAACAGCGUAUCCGCUGCAUCGCUAUAUAUGGGCAACCAAGACGUGAUCAAGGAGUGCGCAAAGGUCACUGCGGGUGUCAGCGUCUGCAUGCCCUUGACAUGCCAGACGCAUUCGGUACAGGCGGGAGAAACAUGUUCUUCCAUCGAGCGAGCACUUGGACUUGAGUCGGGAAUGGUGCAGCGAUACAACUCUUGGAUUGACGCCGGGUGCCUAAAUCUACAGACCUCCACCGACUUCUACGGCAAGGCCAUCUGCGUGUCUCCCCAAGGUGGCGCAUUCGUAAACCCCACCACACCUCCCGUGGCUAAUCCUACGCCAAAGCCUGUCGACGGAUAUUCGAAGGCUAAAGUUGCGCCGCCCGAAGGUGCCGUCGUCGCUCAGGGAACGACUCUGGAAUGCGGGAAAUGGCAUGUGGUCGCUGCGGACGAUUCAUGCGUCAAGAUCUGUCUCACCAAUGGUAUCGAUACCAUGCUGUUCCACGAAGUGAAUCCUUCUUUGGCAGCUGGUGGUGGUUGCGAUGCGUCGCUGAAGGAGACGACGGCUCUUUGUACCGGACCGACUUAUGUGUGGAAGGAGAUGCCCAGUACUUCCACUACUUCCACUGCGUAG